AACGCCGUCACAUCAAUUUCACCACGGCUUGUUUGUGGUCCAGCGUGUUUCGAGCAGCUUUAAUCGCAUGACUAGAUCCACCGUGGUCAGAAAAAAAGCCAGGCGGUAACAGAGUGUAUUUAUCAAAGGAACAGCUCUAUAUUCACUUUCAUUCAUUGUAAUAGUAAUACUUUGUGUGUGUUGGACGUUACGUGCACCACGUGGGCUGCUCCCCAGCCCGCUUAAAUGUUAAUAAAACAUUAAAUUUAAGAUAAUAUAUAAUAUGAGCGUAGUAAUUGCUUUAUAACUCUGGAUGGAGCGUUAACUUUAUUGCACACUGAGCAAAAGCGAUAGUUUACUGAGCAGCGGAUGUUGUCCUCGGCGCAAAGCCUUGUGGGUAGUGUAAGGUGCACGCACCCGCCGGAGUGUGUGAGUGUGGUAGAAAAAAAAUAGCUUCCGCAGUUCUGUCGGCUUGCGAGGUUUCAUGCACUUGUGCCCGGUUAGCAUGCUGAACGCUGAUUAAGUAGGUAACUACGCCGGCGCCGUUCGUGUCGUUCACGCUAAAACAUGACUCUGAGCGAGCAUUCGCUGCAGGCACUUUCCUGGAGGAAGCUGUAUCUAAGUCGAGCUAAACUGAAGGCUUCCAGUCGGACGUCGGCGCUGCUUUCUGGUUUUGCUAUGGUAGCCAUGGUGGAAGUGCAGCUGGACAACAGCUACCCCUACCCCCCCGCGCUGCUCAUCGCCUUCAGUGCCUGCACCACGGUCCUUGUGGCCGUCCACCUGUUCGCACUGAUGGUCAGCACGUGUAUUCUGCCUAACAUAGAGGCGGUCAGCAACGUCCACAACCUCAACUCUGUGAAGGAAUCGCCACACGAGCGAAUGCACCGACACAUUGAACUGGCGUGGGCUUUUUCCACGGUCAUCGGCACCUUGCUCUUCCUCGCUGAGGUGGUUCUUCUCUGCUGGGUGAAGUUCUUGCCCGUGAAGCCCAACAAGUCCAGCAAUAACACAGUUUCCUCUGGUGUGGCGGCUGCUAUUACCUCAACCUCUAUCAUGGUUCCUUUUGGUCUAGUCUUCAUAGUCUUUGCUGUGCAUUUCUACCGCUCCUUGGUCAGCCACAAAACUGACAGACAGUUCCAGGAGCUGGAGGAGUUGUCCAACCUCACCCGGCUUCAGAACGAGCUGGACAACAGAGGGGAGUCGUCCAUUCUACAGUCUCCGAGCUCACAGUUCCCAUAGACGCAGAUCCUUGGUGGGAUUCUAGUCACGUGGGCUCCUACUUGCCAGAAGCCACUUUAAAGACUUCUCCUUUUUUACAGAAAUGAAGACAUGUCUCACAUCUUUAUUGUGAAGUUUACUUUUGUGAAGAGUUGUUUUUAGAAUACGUUUGACUAAUUGAACACACAAAUCUGACACGAUGCAUGUAACUUGAAAGUGGUAAGUCUUAACUGUGAUAGUUGCUGGAUUUAUAUCUUAAAAUGGGGCAGACUUCUGAAUGAUGUGUUGAAAUCCUGUCUGUUGCCUGCUGCAUUUAUUUAGCUCUUAAUAUAUAUAGUGUCUUGUUGUGUUUUGUAAACCCCAAGUAUUUAACUGUGUCUAUGGUUCAUUGUAUUGUUCACCAUCUGCAGUACUAAUGCCUGCUAUACACUGACUUGUCAGCUGCAAACACAGUAUUAGGAGAAUAUAUUUCCCACCUUCUGUAGCACUUCCUCUGACAAUAAAAUGAUCAUUUAAAAACCA